GUCGUCUGUAGACGUCCCAUUCAACUCAAGUUCUGCCAAAAGUUUCAAACGGUUUCAACUUUUCACCGGUUAUAAACAGUUUUCUCAAUCAAUCGAAAUAAUUUUAUUGAUUAAUAAUCGUGUAGAAAUUUUACGCGAAAAUCUUUCAAAAUGUCAUCUGAAGGCUCUCUGUGUUACAACAGAGGAUGCGGAAAAAGAUUUAAUCCAGAUCAAAAUGGCGAUGAUACUUGCAUUCAUCAUCCUGGAGCUCCAUUUUUCCAUGAUGCUUACAAAGGGUGGUCUUGUUGUAAGAAAAAAUGCACAGAUUUUACAGAAUUCCUCAACAUAAAAGGGUGUUCAACAUCAGCCCAUAAUGGGGAGAAGCCUGUAGAGCCAGAAAAACCAGAAGUUGAUAAAUCUAAAGCAAGUGAAGUAAUUGAAUAUAAAGCUCCUGAACCAAUAAAGCCAUCAUCAUUGCUGAGGCCUCCUUUUGAAUCCCCUCUAAUCAAACUGAAAUACUCGAUUAGUGCUAGUCUUCAACAAGAAUUGGAAAAAGUUAAAGCCACUGACAACUCAAGUCAAAUAGUAGAAAAUAACUUUACGUCCGAUGGAAUUAGAGUUGGCGCAUCUUGCAAGAAUGGAGGUUGUAAGCAGACGUAUGUGAAUGAGUCUAGUAACGAUUCAACAUGUACGUAUCACGCUGGCGUACCCAUCUUUCAUGAAGGACUCAAGUACUGGACGUGUUGCACUAGACGAACCAGCGAUUUUCAAGCAUUUUUAGACCAAGAAGGUUGUUCAACUGGAACACACGUCUGGAAAACUGAAAAAGAGGAGCAAAUCAAGAAAUCAGUUCAAUGUCGGCAAGAUUGGAUGCAAACUGGAACACACGUAAUUGUCAACAUUUACUGCAAAAAACCCGAUCCUACCAACGAAUCCUUGACUUAUGUUGAGGUGAAUCCAAUCCGUUUACGUGUCAGAAUCAAUCUUCUUGCUGGCGGACCUUCCUAUAACUCUGACAUUGAAUUGCGCGGAAUUAUCGAUACUGUGAACAGUAGUGUUACAUAUACACCGAACAAAGUUGAAAUCAAACUCAAGAAAGCUGAACCCAUGUCGUGGAAUAAAUUGGAUAUACCUCGUCAAGUACCAGUGAAAGCAGUGGUAGAAGAUGAGAAAAAGAAACAAGAAACCGAAGAAAAUCUGCCCAAAGUCGAUGUGUUGGAUCUAAGUGAUCUCUGAUCAAUUAUCAAGCAGGCUUGCGUUUAUAAACUUUUUAAGUUCAAACGGAAAAUUUGGCCAAACCAAUGCCCGCUUCAAUGAGGUUGCUCACCUCAUCAUACUACAUGUUAAACAAUCCAGCAUAAUGAAACAAUACAAUGCUGAUUUAAAACAAA